GAGAGAAGAAGAAGAAGAAGAAGACGACAUUACUUACUAGCAAGCAAAUGCCAUUCCCUCCUCCUCUCCUCUCCUCCUCCUCCGCCUGACCCUUUCAACCCACCCCUCCCCAUGGAUCCUUGCCCCUUCGUCCGCCUCACCGUCUCCAACCUCGCCCUCAAGAUCAUCCCCCUCGCCCCCAAGCCCGCCCGCUCCGCCGUCCACCCCUCCUCCUCCCCCUGCUUCUGCAACAUCAAGCUCAAGUCCUUCCCCCUCCAGGCCGCCCUCGUCCCCUACCUCCCCCCCGACGCCUCCCACCCCCCCGACGGCGGAGGAGGCGGAGGCGGCGGCGCCACCUUCCACCUCAGCAAGUCCGACCUCGACAGGCUCGCCGGCAAGUCCAUCUUCUCCGGCAAGGUCUGCCUCAAGGUCUCCGUCUACACGGGCCGGCGUGGGGCCACCUGCGGGGUGAGCUCCGGGAGGCUGCUCGGCAGGGUCUCCGUGCCUCUGGACCUCGCCGGGGCCGAGUCCAGGCCCUGCGUCUUCCACUGCGGGUGGAUCAACGUCGGCAAGGAGACCAAGGGGUCCUCGUCGUCGGCUCAGUUCCACUUGAACGUGAGGGCGGAGCCCGACCCUCGCUUCGUCUUCCAGUUCGACGGAGAGCCCGAGUGCAGCCCUCAGGUGUUCCAAAUACAGGGCAACAUCAGGCAACCUGUCUUCACCUGCAAGUUCAGCUUCAGGUCCCACAAUGGCGACCACCACGCUCAGCGAUCGAGAUCACUUCCAUUGGAGUCGUCGAGCUGCUCGAGGAGCUGGUUGAGCUCGUUCGGCAGCGGGCGAGAGAGACCCGUCAAAGAACGCAAAGGCUGGUCCAUAACCGUCCACGACCUCUCCGGCUCCCCCGUGGCCACCGCCUCCAUGGUCACGCCCUUCGUCGCCUCCCCCGGCACCGACCGGGUCAGCCGCUCCAACCCCGGCUCGUGGCUCAUCCUCCGCCCGGGCGAUGGCACGUGGAAGCCCUGGGGCCGACUGGAGGCCUGGCGCGAGCGGGGGGCCUCGGACAGCCUCGGCUGCCGCUUCGAGAUCAUCCCGGACUCGUCGGGCGCCGGCGUGGUCGUCUCGGAGUCGACCCUGAGCUCCAAGAGCGGGGGCAAGUUCCUGAUCGACCUGGCGACGACGGGGAGCGCGGGGUCGCCGGGGUGCAGCCCGCGGAGCAGCGGGGACUUCGGGAACGGGCUGUGGCCGUACUGCAUGUACAGGGGGUUCGUGAUGGGGGCAGGGGUGGAGGGGGAGGGGAAGUGCAGCAAGCCGACGGUGGAGGUGAGCGUGCAGCAGGUGGGGUGCACGGAGGACGCGGCGGCGUUCGUGGCGCUGGCGGCGGCGGUGGACCUGAGCAUGGACGCGUGCAGGCUCUUCACGCAGCGGAUGAGGAAGGAGCUGUGCCAGGCCGUGGACUCCUCGUCGUCGUUUUAGCGCGGGGCUGCUUCGAUUUUU